GCAACAGCAACCAACCGAACAGGGAACGCGACAGGGAGCGGGAGAGGGACAGAGACCGCGAGAGACGCUUCUCCUCCGAUGAUGAGAGCGAUGAGAGCCAGUAUCGUCGCAAGCAUCACAGACCCUGCAACGAGGCCCAAAACAACAUCAUUCUCUUCGGUCUCCAGAAGCAUGUUACGGAGGCAGACAUCAUGGGAGAGCUGAUCAAAGUGGAUAUGGAGCCGACUUCGAUAAGAGUGAUGAGGAAGCAGCCUACAGGUGCCUCACGCUGUUUCGCAUUUGUCGAGUUUAAAACCGUCGAGGAAUCGAGACAAUGGAUGGAAAUAACUAAGGGCACGCUCCAGUUGGGCGACCACCGGGUGUCCAUGCAGUAUAGCCACACACGGAUGUCUGACUGGACUUGCAUAAAGUGCGGUGCCAGCAACUUUAAGCGCCGCUUCCAGUGCUUCAUGUGCAGCGCAUCUCGCGAGGAGAGCGAGAACGCCCUCUGUGGGGGUGGAGAAGGAAUCGAUGAAGUCACCCGAAUCCUCACAAAAAAGAUUAUGUUACGCAAUCUGGAUGCCCUGACCAACGAGGAGGGCGUGCUGACUGCCCUCCAGCAGCUGCUGCCCAAGCUGGCCAAAUCCAUCAGCAAAGUGCUGAUCAGUCGUGAUACCCUGACGCAGGCAUCGCGAGGCAUUUGCUACCUACAAUUUGACACACUCGUUGACUCCAUGGAGUUGCACAAUGCCCUGACAGCGCUGGAUCCGCCGCUGACCCUAGACGAUCGUGAAGUUGCCAUUAGCUACUGCGUCGAUGUUGAUGAUCGACCAAAGUUAACAAAGGAAUCGCCAACUGCCAUUGCCACGAGUUCGGCCUCUGGAGGCAUUCCGAACGGCUCAAUUGCAGCUGUGGCACCCUCGGGAGCUGGUGGAAGCUACACUCUGGCCGACGUUCCCCGUCUCGCCGAGUACAGUGCCUCGCUGUAUGCCUCCAAUCCGGCGGAGCAGGCGCACUAUGUCCAGUAUUACACGGACUACUACACGGCAGAGAUAGCAAAGAGCAGCGCAGCAGACCUGCAGCUAACAGAAGCCAAUUCCGGUGCUGCGGUGGCUCUCUCGGCCAUCCAACGGAAGCAGAAAAAGAUGAAUCAAAUUGAGACAACGGCCACGGCGGCUGCCAUAGCUGCUGCCCAGGCAGCUGCCGAGAUUAAAGCCGCCUUCGCUGCUCAGAAUGUGAUUGCCCCAAGAGGAAACGAUGGCAAGACUUAUCCUGCUCCCGACGUAUCCCGGUACCAGUACGAUGAGACCUCUGGGUACUACUUCGACCCGAGCACGGGUCUCUAUUACGACGCCCACUCCCAGUACUACUACAACAACGAAACGGGAGCGUAUCUGUACUGGGAUCAGCGACGUAGCACCUACAUUCUGGCCACUCCGGCCUCCACCCAGGCAGCACUGAAAGAGGGUCUGGCGGAGGCCGAGCAGAAGGAUGACGAUUCCAGGAAGGAGAAGGAAAAGGACAAAGACAAGGAGAAGGACGGAAACAACAAGCAUGACAAGGUGAAGGUGGCCAAGAAGAUCGUCAAAGACAUGGAGAAAUGGGCCAAGCAGCUCAACCAGAAGAAGGACUACACCGUGGUGGCCACACCCCAUCCCAUCCUGACGGGCAGCGAGAUGUCGGGGCCCAGCACUUCGCGUUCCACUCAAGGCUCGUAUGCAGAUGUUGGAUUCUCCAUCCUAGAGAAGAAGGAGCGCGCAAAGCUGACCGACUUUAUGCCGCCCUCGGCUCCACUCAGCGGGAAUAAGCUGUUCAAGGCUUAUGGCGGUGGCUCCGAAUCGGAUGAGGACAAUGCGGCGGGACCCGCACGGGCACCGGCGGUGGCUGUCGGUGGAUCCGGAUCCAGUGCCGCUUCUGAUGAAAUGGACUUUGUGGACUUCCAGAAGCUGACGUGUUUGUUAUGUAAACGUGCCUUCCAAUCCCUCGAAAUCCUGCAAAAGCAUUUGAAAAUGUCAAAUUUGCACAAAGAGAAUCUGGCGAAGCUCAAUCAGAGUUCAGGAGCUGUGGCUGCUGAAGCCGAUAAUGAUCCAGACAGCGAUGCGGGAUUAUCCUAUCGUGACCGCGCCAAGGAGAGGAGACUGAAGUACGGGGAGAGCGAUCCACCGCCGCCGAAUCGCAGUCGGGAGCGCUUCGAGCAGGAGAUAAAGACACUGCAGACACGUCAGAAGAACAACGGCAGCGCGGCUGCAGCCCUGCCCAUCAGCUCGAACAAUGUUGGCAAUCGCUUGAUGCAGAAGAUGGGCUGGACGGAGGGUCAGGGUCUGGGCCGGAAGAAUCAGGGACGCACACAGAUCAUAGAGGCUGAGGGUCGCACCAAGAGUAUAGGCCUGGGAAACAAGGUGUGCAACCUGCCACCUGGCACAGACUACAAGUCAUACAUCAAGAAGAUGAUGAAGCAGCGCUAUGAGAAUGCCUGAAGAUGCCAGAAAAAUGCCCGAAAAUGUAUUUAUUAAGAUUUUAAUUAUUAUAAUAUGCUUUCUGUGGUAUGAUAACAUAAAUUAUUCAAAUACAAUUGUAAAAUACAUGCGAAAUUGUAAACCAUAA